GUGCUCGUUGCAGAUUGUAAAGACAAAGCAGCCUGUCGAGAGUGAGCGAAGAAUGAAGACGAUCCCUUUGCUUCUGAUGGGAUGUGGAGGCGUUGGACGUCAGCUCCUCCAACACAUUAUCUCCUGCAGAUCUCUUCACGCUAAACAGGGGGUGCACUUGCGUGUUGUGGGAGUUUGCGAUAGUAAAUCAUUACUCAUUGCAUCGGAUGUACUCACAAUGGAGCUGGAUGAUAUCUUUCUGACUGAAGUUUGUGGGGUGAAGUUGAAAGGCUCAUCUCUGCUGACACUUAAUAAUUAUGGUGAAUGCAAAGUAUUCUCAAAUCCAGAAGCUAUGAGAAAAGUCAUUGACAUUGCGGCUCUUUUGGGCAGAUCCACAGGUUUGGCAUUCAUUGAUUGCUCUGCCAGCUCUGAGACUGUUGGAGUGUUAAACCGAGUGGUAGAUUCAGGUUGUUGUGUUGUGAUGGCCAACAAGAAGCCUCUUACAUCUUCAAUGGAAGAUUAUGAUAAAUUGCUUGCAUGUCCACGUCGUGUUCGAUAUGAGUCAACUGUUGGUGCUGGCCUCCCUGUCAUUGCAUCCUUGAAUCGAAUUCUUUCAUCUGGAGAUCCUGUUCACCACAUUGUUGGAAGCUUAAGUGGGACACUGGGAUAUGUAAUGAGUGAGGUAGAAGAGGGAAAGCCAUUCAGCCAAGUUGUUAAAUCUGCCAAAAGCCUUGGUUACACUGAACCAGAUCCUCGUGAUGAUCUUAGCGGGACAGAUGUAGCAAGAAAGGCUUUGAUUCUUGCUCGACUACUUGGUCAACAGAUUGACUUGAACAGCAUAAAGGUUGAAAGCUUGUAUCCCAAAGAAAUGGGACCAAACAUAAUGCCUGUUGAUGAUUUUUUGGAAAAUGGGCUUCCACUGCUUGACAAAGACAUCAGAGAGAGGGUUGAAAAGGCUACUUCAAAUGGCAAUGUGCUCCGUUAUGUUUGCGUGAUUGAAGACUCAAGUUGUGAAGUUGGCAUUCAAGAACUUCCAAAAACUUCUGCGCUGGGGAGACUAAGAGGAAGUGACAAUGUGUUGGAGAUUUCAAGCCGGUGUUACAGUCAACAACCACUAGUUAUUCAAGGAGCUGGAGCAGGCAAUGAUACUACCGCAGCUGGAGUCCUAGCGGAUAUCCUUGAAAUUCAGGAUCUAUUUCACUGACAAUAAAAUUUUGUGCAUUAGUCUGACUAAAUAAAAAGCAGCAAGACGUAUUGCCUUUCUAAGGCAAUAAAAAGGUACUGGAAUUUUGGAAGCAUUGAAUUUGAUAUUAUUGCAUUGAGAAAUAUAGUGUGAAAUAUUGAAAAUUUUAGUAUGGUUGAAUAUUUUGGAGUGUUUUUCUCCUCCGUUGGUUGACCCAUUGCAUUUUGAUUAUUGAAGCAUGGAUUUGAGAAACCUGAAUAUAACCAAUUUUUUGAAA